AUGCUCGACUUUGAUCAGUCGCGAAAGAUGGGCACAGGGGACAGAUUACUUGAUAUACCGUGUCUGGUAUGCGGUGACCGUAGCUCCGGAAAACACUACGGCAUCUACAGUUGCGACGGUUGUUCAGGAUUCUUCAAGAGGAGCAUUCACAGCAAUCGAAGGUACAUCUGCAAGGUCCAGGGCGCGAUGAAAGGGCGCUGCCCGAUCGACAAGACCCACAGAAACCAAUGCCGUGCCUGCCGACUGGCCAAGUGUUUCGAGGCGAACAUGAACAGAGACGCUGUACAACACGAGAGAGGUCCAAGGAAGCCAAAGCAACAACAAUCGCCGAUCGCACCACCUUUACACAAUGAUCGAUUAAGAGCUAGUCUUGGGUCCCCUUAUGUUCUAUUACACCAAAGAAAGUUCAGGUGCGACCAGAGGUUCUCGCCUUAUCCACGGCCAGUAGCACUGGUGCAGAAACCACCGGAGGACUCUCCGUCCCCGGCACCAUUGGCUCUACCACAUUCUCCUUCGACCACGACCCUCUACUCAGCGCCCCCGAGCGUCGCCCUGACACCGCAGCCACCCCUUCUUCAGAUACUAAUGUCCGCGGAGCAGUGUCAGGAACUCGUAUGGAACGCGCCAUUACAAUCGGAAACAGAAUACUCUUUGGAACAAACAGAAGCUAGUCAUAAUUCCACAGGAACUUUAUCAAAUCUCAAUCCCACGCGAGAACUAUUACAGGAAACCACCGCACGUUUACUAUUUAUGGCAGUAAGAUGGGUUUGUUGCUUACCCCUGUUCCAAUCGCUUUCGAAGAACGAUCAAUUAUUGUUACUCGAAGGUUCCUGGACACAACUUUUUCUCCUUCAUCUGGCACAGUGGUCCAUGUCUUGGAAUAUUACCGGCUUAUUGGAAGAUGAACAGGUACGAGCAAGAUUGCCAGACGAAGCUACAACAAAUCAACAAUUAAUUACUAUUCAGGACACAAUAUGCCGUUUUAAGCAACUCUCUCCAGACAUGAGUGAAUGGGGAUGUAUGAAAGCGGUAGCACUCUUUACUCCAGAAACGGAGGGUCUUCAUGCCAGUGAGUCGAUCAAAAUGUUACAAGAUCAGGCUCAAUGCAUCCUAGGAGAUUACACGAAAUCUCGUUAUCAACGACAACCGGGUAGAAGCGGGACAUUAAUGCACGUUGUCGGACGUUUAACAUCCAUUUUCCCAAAACUGGUCGAACGUUUGUUUUUUCACGAAACUAUAGGCGAAAUUCCGAUUUCUCGUUUGUUGGUUGACAUGUAUCAAAUGAAAGGUCACACAAACUGAGAUUUCCCGAUAAAUGACGACAGUAUCGCGUGAAAAUGGUUUUCCAAAACUCUUCCGAUUUUCCCAACCAGAUAUCAGGAACUAGAGAUCGGAAAAAGUUUUUGAAACCUGUAGCUAAAGACUGCAAAAUUAUAAACAAAAGAUUACUUGUUUUUUCUCGUAAGAUCAAUAGAUAGAUCUUUGUAAUUCUUAAAGAAUCGUUUGGUUGAAUGGUUACUUUAUUAAUUAUAGUUUUGUAUGAU